CGGCGGCGGCGGCGGAAGCGGCGAGAGACCCGGAGCCUCCCCCCGCGGCCAGGGCCCCCCCCCGGCCCCGCCCCCCGCCAGGCCCCGCCCCGCCCCCGAGCCGGGCGCCGCGCUCUUCCCAAUGUGAAUCCGGCUUCCGACUCUGUUGUGGGGGGAGAACGGUCCAAAAGCCUCAUCAGCCCCCCUGCUCCACAAGCGACCCGGAGAGACGGGUGCCCACAGAUCCCCUUCCUCUCGGAAAUCCCCCAGCGCGCUCGGACCAGCAAGCCGCUGCCGUCUUGGUUCGCUGCCGUGGGCCCAGCCUCCCACGGUGAGGGGCGUGGGGCUGUAACCAGCAGCUCAUAGGAUAACAGAAGCUAAACUCAACGCACACACACAGGGCGAUGGCUGCCGAGACGCUCAAUUUUGGACCGGAAUGGCUCCGCGCGCUGUCCGGUGGGGGGAGCGUGGCUUCCCCCCCACCCUCUCCUGCCAUGCCAAAGUACAAGCUCGCUGAGUAUCGCUACGGCAGAGAAGAGAUGCUAGCACUUUAUGUCAAAGAGAACAAGGUCCCGGAGGACCUCCAGGAUAAGGAAUUCGCUGCCAUUCUCCAGGAAGAGCCGCUGCAGCCGCUGGCCCUGGUCCCAUUAACGGAGGAGGAGCAGAGGAAUUUCUCCAUGUCUGUGAACAGCGUGGCGGUGCUGAGGCUGAUGGGAAAAGGAGGCGGAGCCGCUCCCACUGGAGUCUCCCGGGGCAGGGGCAGUACCCGGAGCCGAGGCCGGGGCCGAGGUGAGAGCGGGUUUUACCAAAGAAGUCCGGAGGAACCGGAGGGGGCAUUUGGGCGCGGGGCCCGGGAGAUCCACCGCAGCCAAAGCUGGGAUGACAGGGGCGAGCGGCGGUUCGAGAAGCCGACCCGGCGGGACGGAACCCGGGCUCCCUUCGAGGAGGGGGCCCCGCCCCCCCGCAAGGACUAUGCCCGCUCGGACAGCAACAACUGGCGGACGCUGCGGGAGGAGCAGGAGGAGGAGGAGGAGGUGGGCGGGGGUGCCGGGCCCACCCCCGCUGGGGCAGCUGCAGGGGGCAGCUGGCGGCUGAGCGGGGCCCGGCGCGAGAGCGAGCGCUGGCGGUCGGCCAGCCCAGAUGGCGCCCCCCGCUCGGCUGGCUGGCGGGAGCACCCUGAAGGCCGGCGGCGCAAGUUCGACUUCGACUUCCGGGAGCGGGAGGAGGAGCGGGGUGGGCGCCGGCACCGGGGCAGCGACAGCUUCGAGGAUGACAAGGACGGGCUGCCCGAGUGGUGCAUGGACGACGAGGACGAGGAGAUGGGCACCUUCGACUCCUCUGGCGCCUUCAUGCCCCUCAAGAAGAGCCCCAAGGAGCCAAUCCCUGAGGAGCAGGUGUUCGACUUCCAUCCAUUGCAGGAAGAUGAUGAGAGGUUGGAGGGGAAGGAGGACGCCGAGCCUGGCUCGAAGGAGGCCCCUGAGAAAGAGGCCCGGAAGGAUCCCUCGACGGCCCUGGAGGAGAAGCGAUGUUCCCCGCCUGGUGCCCCCUGGCUGUCAGGCCCCCCCUUUGCUGCUACUGUUGCCACUGCCACUAGUGAAUGUGAGAGCUCCCUGCUGGGGGGCUCGGACCCUACCGCACCCCUUGGCACCUGCGACAAGGAGCCGAAGCCUGCUGCGGAAGGGGACCCAGGCGUCCUGGGCCUCCCGUCUCAGCUCAGCCCAGGUGCGGUCUCCACCCUCCCCUCCCCUUCCUCUACCCCCAAUGCUGCUACUGAGUUCUCCAUCGGGGACACCGAGGACGAUGAUGGGAUGAAACAUCUUCAGCAGGAAGCCGAGAAGAUGGUGGCCGCGCUCCAGGAGAGCUCCAUGGACGAGGAGCGCUUCACCCAGGCCAUCCAGGAGCCUCGCAACACGGCCGCCGCUCUGCCCCUCUCCCACGAGGCCGCCAUGAAGUGGUUCUACAAGGACCCCCAGGGGGAGAUCCAAGGGCCCUUCACCACGCAGGAGAUGGCGGAGUGGUUCCAGGCCGGCUAUUUCACCAUGUCGCUGCUGGUGAAGCGAGGCUGUGACGAGGGCUUCCAGCCGCUGGGCGAGGUGAUCAAGAUGUGGGGAAGAGUGCCUUUCGCUCCAGGCCCGUCGCCGCCCCCACUGCUGGGGAACCUGGACCAGGAACGGCUGAAGAAGCAGCAGGAGCUGGCCGCGGCUGCCCUCUACCACCAGCUUCAGCAUCAGCAGUUCCUGCAGCUCAUCAACAGGCACCUGCCCGACAGGCCACAGUUUGCCCAGUGUGCGCUGCAGCAGAAGCUGGCGGCCGGGGACCUGACCCAGCAGCAGCUCACGGCUUUCCUGCAGCAGCUGCAGGCUCUGAAACCCCGAGCUGGGGAGCAGAACCUGAUCCCGGCGAUGAACCGAUCCAUGUCCGUGCCAGACACAGGGUCCCUGUGGGACACGCAUACCUCAGCCUCACAGCCCGCAGGCGGUGAGGCCAGUCUGUGGGAAAUACCAAUGACUUCUUCAACUCAGGGUCCAAUCUUGGAACAACUGCAACGGCAACAGAAACUCCAGGAGCGCCGCGACGCGGAACUCAGGGCUAAGAGGGAGGAGGAGGAACGCAAGCGGCGCGAAGAGAAGCGGCGCCAGGAGGAGCAGAAGCGGCGCGAGGAGGAGGAGCUGUAUCGGCGCAAACAGUGCCGGCAGCAGGAGCUGGUGCUGAAGCUGCUGCAGGCGCAGAGCGCGGUGCCCUGGGGGGGGCUGGCCAAGCCCCCCGGGGGCAUGAAGGCCCUGCUGGAGCUGCAGGAGAGCGAGCGGCAGCUGCAGAAGCAGCAGCGGGUGCAGCAGAGAGCGCACGGGGGGCUCGGCAUCAACAGCCCCUCGCAGUGGGGCGCCGACUCCAGCCAGCUGUGGAGCAGCCAUGAGAAGAACAGCCUAUGGGACGAUGGUGUCAAGAAUGUGAGGAGCCUGGGUCUGAAGAGCAGCCGCAGCAGCCCCUCCCUCGGGGACAGCUACGGGGGGCCGGGCCGGCAGAGCCGGAAGAAGACGGAUGAGGAGGAAAAGCUGCUCAAACUGCUGCAGGGGAUCCACAAGCCCCAGGACGGCUUCACGCAGUGGUGCGAGCAGAUGCUGCACGUCCUGAACAGCUGCAGCAACCUCGACGUCCCCACGGUGGUGGCGUUCCUGAAGGAGGUGGAGUCCCCCUAUGACGUGCACGACUUCAUCCGCUCCUACCUGGGUGACACCCCGGAAGCCAAAGAGUUUGCCAAGCAGUUCCUGGAGCGCCGCGCCAAGCAGAAAGCCAGCCAGCAGCGCCAGCAGCAGCAGGAAGCCUCCUGGCUCAGCUCCGGCAACCUGCCCUCCCCGUUCCCGGCCAACCAUGGCACCAAACAGCCGCCCUUCGAGGGCAGCCAGCCAGUGAAGAUCAAGAGGAGACCGGUCAUGCUGCACGCUGACCCCAGCAUCCUGGGCUAUUCGCUGCAUGGCCCGUCAGGCGAGGUGGAAAGCAUUGACGACUACUGAGGUCUCGUAGCAAUAGGAACUCUGCUGCCUUCUUAACCGAUUCAGUCUUACCUGAAUGUGCACUGCGAAAGGAUGAGGCGGCUGUGCUGCACCCUCCCCUUUCUUCCGCCCCGCCCCCCCGGUGAGCGGGGGGCAUUGUGGCUGGCGGGGGGGGCGGGGCAGCGCGUGCGCUCAGAUCGGGGGCGCCGGCGACCCGCCUUCGGAAGAGGAGUAUGUGUGAGCACUUCUUUCUCCAACACACGAAGCACCUUAAAAUGCAACCCGCUGAUGCACUUUAUCGAGACUUUUUACAAAGAACUGAUUAAAAAAAAAAAAGGAAAAAAAAUGGAUUUUUUUUGUUGAUUCUGGAGGAAAUUUUUAUAAAGAAACUUUAAAAACAAAACAAAAAAAUCGCUCUAGGAAACACUGUUAUUUUCACAUGGGACGAGGAGAGACGUGAAAAUUCGAGAAGGGGAAAAGAGAAGAUUUCAUAAAAACAAAAAACCCCCACAAAAAUAGCAAAACUUGAAGAAAUGCACUUAUUGCCCGGCCCACUUGUCGCGAGCUGGCCUGGUUCUGUCUCGCACUGCAGGGCCGGAUGUAAAUAUUUCUAUAUACACAGCUCGACACGGGAGAUUUGCUCUCGCCAUGUUUGUUUUUUCUGUUUUUGGAAGAGAACUUGCGUUUUUUGUUUUUUUUUUGAAAGUUGCACAACCGUGAAACAACCGACUUGCCCCUCCCGUUGGUUCCCUCGUGGUGCCUGGCUGCAACGGAGCUGGCCUGGGAGGAGUGGGGCAGAAUGCCAACGCUAAUGACGGCAGCCGACUCUGGUCCCUGGAGCCGGGUGCUGCUCCCGCUACUCACCUGGCUCAGGGAGAGCUCCUAACAGGCAAAGCUCUCCUGGCUUCCUGCCAGUUCCUGUCCCCUGUUACGAUCAGACGUCUCGGAGCUCCCCCGUUACGGGCUCAUCAGACGUCUCGGAGCUCCCCCGUUACGGGCUCAUCAGACGUCUCGGAGCUCCCCCGUUACGGGCUCAUCAGACGUCUCCCCUCGCUUCCUACAAGCUCCCUGCAUCAAGCUCCGCCUCCCCGGCUGGAUUUCCUCUACAAGCUCCGCCUCCGCAGCUGGAUAUUUCCCCACAAGCUCCGCCCCAUGAAGCCAGUCUCCUGUGAAUGAACGGCCUCCUCUCUGCCCCGCUGUGGAUUACGCUGCCCAGUUGAUAAGAAGAUGAUUUCUUCUUGCCCAUGGUUUUUUUGGGGGGGGGGGGGGGGUUGAGGCCCUUUUUUUUAUUAAGCUCUCUGGGCUUCUCGUUUAUUUAGCCUUUCCCGCGCCCCGUUAGACGUGUGCCCCCAUCCCAGUGGCCCUUGGUUGGGGCCGGGGUUUGUUUGUUGGUUUGUUUUUUUUUUGUUUGUUUGUUUUUUUUUGAUGGUGGAGCAUUUUUGUGCGUGUGGCGGGUGGGGGGGCUUCACCCUGCCCCGCACUCAUUGUUGAAUGUAUCUUUGGACAAGAAUUGGAAAGACGAAAUCCGCCAGCCCCUCCCAGCACCCGGCUGGGGCGGCUUAGACCCAAGUAAAUAAAGCUCCGGUCACACACUCUCGAGAUACACAUAUAUAUAUAUAUUUUUUAAAAAACGAGAAACAGUUGGAUUUUCUGUGACCGAUCCCCACCCGCAGAGGUGAGAAAUUUCUCUCUCAAUAAUGCAGCUGUACAGAUUUUGGAGGGGAGGGAGAAACCGUUGGUUCGUUUGUUUUUCGUUUUUUAAAUUUGGGCUUGAAUAUUUUUUUUUUAAUUGCGCGUAUGGAUCUGUUGUUUCUUUGUUUACAGCCCGUCUCUGGGGCCUUGUGUCUCAUGGGACGGUUGCCACUACACAGGGUACCUUUCCAAGUCGAAAUCUUCCCGAGGAGGAGACGUUUUUAUUUUAUCCCCCCACCCCCACCAGUUAUCCCAUUGGAAAUCAGUGUGCAGGAGCAGGGAAGUUCUCCCAGCCUUCGCGUGAGACGACAUGAAGAUUUUCCCCCUUUGCGGCAAGCCAGGAACUGCGCCGUGAACCCCGCGUGGAAGAUGUCACGCCGAACGGCCAGACUUAGUUUCUUUUUUGUGUUCUUCCUCCCCCUGCCCCUGGAUUGUUGUUUUGUUUUGUUUUUUUUCAAACCAGUGCAGCUUUUGGGGUUAACUCCCCCCAGCCCAUUGGGUUUCCGUUUGUUGUUUAACGUUUGUGGUUUAUGAAUUUUUCAAUCGACCAAAUGGCAAAGACACUUGUUUUUUUUUUUUUUUAAAUUUUUGAGAUUAUGUUGAAAGUUGGGGUUGGUUUAUUUUUUGGCCAGGGACCUCUUUGGUUUUGGUAGGCCCUACAACAAAUACUGUGAGGUUCCAUGGUUACUGUGUUAGCGGGGAUAGGGGGUCACUCUGCCUCCUUCCCCCACCUCUCCUUCGCUCGGUCAAUGGAUCAAAGGACACAAGAUUUGGAUGUGACCUGAUCUGGUUUUUCACCCCCUUUGCCCCGUCAGUCAGUAUUGGCCUGUAGUGGCCUCCACGCGGUCUGCGUGCAAUAGGCCGACAAAGGAUUUACCCCCCACCCGUUUGCUGUGUCACAGAACCCCGCGGCGCCAGUGGGGUCGAUUGAAUCUCCACCCACAGGCGAGGGUCUGGCGCCUCGGGCCAGCGAGGGUCCCGGGGGGAACCAACGAGCUGACAGUUUCCCGGAUCCGGCUGGGAGCACCCCUUGGGGCAGCGGGGGACAAUCUGAUGCCCCGGGAUCUCCAGCUAACCUCAAUCCUAGGCUGCCCCCCUGGACCAGGCUCAGGUGGGGGGCAACCAGCUCUCACCGCGCCCACGUUCAUGUUUGAAUUUGCCACAAGAAUGUAUUUGGUGAUUCGUCGCUCUCGGACCUUUCCAGCUAAGGGCUGUCUCGCCGGUUCGCUUCUCCCCGGCUAUCCAGCAGGGUGGAGGGGCAUUUACACCCCCCUCGAGCACUCUGACUCUACAGGGGUCAGGCUGAACCGUAUCCUCUGGCCCCACAGUGGAGACUGGCCGCCGGAAGGACGUUUUCUAUCCACCGUGGGGGCGUUUCCCUGGCCGCACGGGUUCCUGCAAAAUUUGCCUUAUCUCCAUAUUGGUUGUUGGGUUUUUUUUCCGAAGAAAAGGGAAACCGAGCCCGCGGCCGGGGCAGUAUUAGCCCGGUGGCCAGCCGCCGGGCCGGGCCGGAAGUGGGUUUUCUAACUAGCAAUAACGAACUGAACUCGGUCGCUUUCCACCCGCCGCGGGGGGCCGGGCGUCGAGCCGUUCCAACGCGCAUCUGCCCGCCGGACUCAUGGGAACCCCCCCCUGGAUUUCUCAAGCUGCCCGGCGGGGUCAAGCCAGGGGGAGGAACCCCCUGGUUUUUGUGUGUGUGUGUCUUGCCCGCGGGAAUUAAAGUUUGUAGAUAUUCCCCGCC